CUGAUAGUGAACAACCCUCCAACCGCAAAACGCUCUGUCUACGUCUUCGGCGCAAACUCCCACGGCCAGCUGGGUCUUGGCCACGCAGAAGCAAACGUCACGCAGCCUACACUGAAUACGAACCUAACGAAGGAUACGGUUGGUGUUGUGGAUCUUGCGGCUGGUGGUCGCCACUGCGUUGCUCUCACGCACGAUAAUCGCAUCUUGACAUGGGGCGAUAACAGUGACGGGCAACUGGGGAGGGAGACCCAAGCCCAGCAGGAACCAACUCCUACAGAGGUGGACUUUACAACCGUGGGAUUACCCGCAGAGACGGUCUUCGUACAGGUUACUGCGACGGAGAGCGCGACGUUCGUACUCACAGAGUUCGGCGAUGUCUACGGUUGGGGGACUUUUAGGGUAUGCCUCCUCAACUUACAAAUCCUCAUCGGCUUCCGGCCCUCAGUAACAUUCCAGCGCACCCCACUACACAUCCCCGAACUCAAAUACGUCAAGAAACUCGCUGCAGGCGCCCAGCAUCGCAGCAUGCCCAAGCCCGAAAAUGCUGUCUUUGCUUGGGGCGCGUAUAAACGCGACCAGCUCGGACGCAGGAUCCUAGGCCGGCAACGCGCUGCUGCCACAGCUGGUCUGACGCCUCGACUUGUUGCGCUCCCUGGGAAAACGAAGUGCGAUGUGGCUUCUAUCGGGACGGGGGCGUACCAUUCUUUCGCGGUGAAGGGGGACGGGUAUGUCUAUGCAUGGGGGUAUAACCGGUAUGGGCAGACAGGUGUUAUCGACGAUGUGAAUUUGCUAGGAGCAGACUCGACUGUUCCAGUUCCUACGGGACUGGAGGGGCUGGGACUGGGAAGUCUGGAGCCGGAUAGGGAGUAUAUACUUACUGGGGGGAGGGAUCAUAGUCUUGCUGUUACAGAAGAUGGACGGUGUUUGAGCUGGGGGUCUAUUGGGGGGAACUCACUAGGAGUUAGGCAGGAUAUGAUAUCCGAGGAUGAUUUAUUUUUUGAGGAUGGUUCAGAGACGCCGAGGAUCCUGACGAAACCGACGAUUGUUUCGGGGGUUGAGUCGAGGGUUGAGAAGGCUUCGGCGGGAUGGGGACAUUCGAUUUUGGUAUCAAAGUCGGGGACGGCGUAUGCCUGGGGUUCGAAUGGAGAGUACGAGGUAAAGCAGCCCCGGAGUAACGGCGUAGAAUUGCCCAGCGCAGUUCAGACGAGUCCGUUGAGAGGACUCAGGGUUGUUGAUGCUGCUGCAGGCAGGCAGUUUAGUGUUUUG